AACAUUUAAUGUUGUUUAAUUAUUUUCACUCUCUCUCUUUUCCAUAUCAUUCUGUCGUUCAAUUUGUAGAGAAUGCAACACGUUUCUGUUUUCCCAAUGGCACAUGGAAUAAUUACUCCAACUAUGAUAAAUGUCAUCAUGCCGUUGAAAUGCCAACUGUACCAGAUUUUGCACCCGGCAUUGAAUUGCCCGCUUACAUCUACUGUUGCGGUUAUUUUAUAAGUUUUGCUGCUUUAGUUUUAGCUUUAAUUGUGUUUUUAUGUUUUAAAGAUUUGAAAUGCCUUCGUAAUACAAUUCAUGCGAAUCUAUUUUUAACUUAUAUACUCUCAGCAUUAUUAUGGAUAUUGACAUUAUUUUUACAAGUGAUGACAGAUCAUGCCAGUCCGGCUGGUUGUAUAACAUUGGUCAUGAUGUUUCAUUAUUUUAAUUUAACAAAUUUCUUUUGGAUGUUUGUUGAAGGUCUCUAUUUGUAUACUCUGGUAGUACAAACAUUUUCUAGUGAUAAUUUAGGAUUUCUACAAUACGCUUUAAUUGGCUGGGGUUGUCCGGCUAUUAUAAUUUUUGCCUGGUCUAUUGCCAAAGUUUAUGCGCCCCCACUGGAGAGUGGUAGUUUUAAUGGGUUGGAUAUAGAAUGUUCCUGGAUGCGUGAAUCUCAUAUUGACUGGAUAUUUCAAGGACCUGCCUCUUUAGUUUUAACACUUAAUUUAAUAUUUCUCAUACGUAUUAUGUGGGUGCUUAUAACAAAAUUACGUUCAGCCAAUACCUUGGAGACAAGACAAUAUCAUAAAGCUUCGAAAGCAUUAAUGGUAUUGAUACCAUUGUUUGGCAUUACAUACCUAUUGGUAUUGGUUGGACCGGAACAGGGUAUUAGUCGUAAUUUAUUUGAAAUUACAAGAGCCUUUUUAAUAAGUACCCAAGGGUUCUUUGUCUCCUUAUUCUUUUGUUUCCUCAACUCAGAGGUACGUCAAACGUUGCGUCAUCGUUUUAUUAGAUGGCGUGACAAUCGCAAUCUGAGACGUGGCAGUUCUAAUAGGAAUCGCAGACAUCGUUUGUCCAAAGACUAUUCACAAAGAUCAAGAACUGAAAGUUUACGGUAUGUACUUCUAAGAGCAUUGCAAUAA